UCUGCUGCACUUCGCGUGGACUCAGCUGGAAGACGGUUGUGUUUUCGUUUCUCAGGUGAAUCUCUGCGUAGUUUCAGCAACAAUGUCUUCAGUUCAGCAUCUGAGAGAGUUUAUCAGAGAGCGACUAACUGCUGCUGCUGAAGAAAUCUUCUCAGAGGUUGAGAAAACCAUCGUCCGCUACGAGGAAGACGCCAGACUGCUGGAAAGCUACUGGAGACCCCAGAUAAAACUCCCCAGAAUCGACCUCCAGAAGCCACAUGUCUCCAUGGAGGAGGAAGCCUCUGCCAUCCAACAGCUCUGCAAUCAGAGGAGAAGGUCCAGUUGUGACCAGGAGGAAGAAGAACCUCAGUGGUCUGAAGAGGAACUGAUGGAUCCAGAUCCUUCUCUGACUGAAGAACAGGGGGAACUACAACCUCCACUGAUUAAAGAGGAAAAGGAGGAACCAGAACUUCCACUGAUUAAAGAGGAAAAUGAGGAGUGUGGCUCUUUGUGGAUUAAAGAGGAACAAAAGGAACCAGAACCAUUGAUUGAAGAGCAAGAGAACCCAGAACCCCCACUGAUUGAGGAAGAAAAGGAGGAACCUGAUUGUUUAAGGCUUGAACAUGAAAGUCAGGAUCCAGAACCUUUACCAACUAGACAGGAGCAGGAGGAUGUCUGCAGCAGUCAGGAUGGAGAGCAGUCCAUUGCUCUGAUGGAAUCAUUUACUCUUCAGGAAUGUGAAGAAGAACCAAGAACUGAUCUCAACUACAGGAGAGAUAUGAAAGGAAAGCUGCUCAAAGAUCAAGAAGGAAACAGCUUCAAUUGGUCAGAGACUCAGUCUCGUACUGACACAAAGAAUGGAUGUUUAAAAUGUGAUGUUUGUGGAAAAUCCUGGAAAACAAAGAAUGGCUUAAAAAAGCAUUACAGAAGCCACACUGGGGAGAGACCCUUUACUUGUCAGUCAUGUGGAAAAUGCUUUUACUCUGUAAGUAAUUUAAAUGUACACAAGAGAAUCCACACAGGUGAGAGGCCCUUUUCCUGUCAGACAUGUGGAAAAUGUUUCUCUCGUAUUGAUAGUUUUAAAUUUCACAUGAGAAUCCACACAGAUGAGAGACCUUUUUCCUGUCAGACAUGUGGAAAAAGUUACACUCGGCUGUGUUAUUUAACUAAUCACAUGAGAACCCACACAGGUGAGAGGCCUUUUCCUUGCCAGACAUGUGGAAAAUGUUUCUUUCGUAUUGAUGGUUUAAAAUCUCACAUGAGAACCCACACAGGUGAGAGACCUUUUUCCUGUCCGACAUGUGGAAAAAGUUUCUAUCGAAAGAGUCAUUUAACUGUUCACCGGAAAAUUCACACAGGUGAAAGACCCUUUCCUUGUCUGGCAUGUGGAAAAUGUUUCUCUCAUAUUGAUGGUUUAAAAUGUCACAUGAGAACCCACACGGGAGAGAAGCCUUUUUCCUGUCAGACAUGUGGAAAAUGUUUCAUUGGACGUAGCGCUUUGAAUAAGCACAUGAAAAAAAAACACACACAUGAAAAGUAGUAAUUUUUUGACUUUCACACAUUUGCGGGUAUAAGUAUUACUAAUUUCUCCUCGUAGUCUUCCACCACAGACCCUCUGCUGCCACCUUCUGGAUUAAAGUCCAGUAUUUUCUAUAAACAUGGAUGCUGCCUUGUAGAUGUAGUCAGCUUUUUUUUAAGCCCUGAAUAAUGUUUUACAUUCAGUUUUUUACACCUAAGAAAUGAUUACAGGUGCAAAGCCUGAACAAUUUAUUGUUUAUAUUUUAGCAGUUGGCUGCACAGUUGCCAUGCAGCAAGAAGGUCCUGGGUUCGAGUCCUAUCCUUGCCCUGGGUCUUUCUUGCAUGUUCUCCCUGUGCAUGCGUGGGUUCUCUCCGGGUACUCCGGCUUCCUCCCACAGUCCAAAAAAAUCACUGUUGGGUUAACUGGCCUCUAAAUUCUCCUUAGGUGUGAGUGUGUGUGUGUGUGAAAGGUUGUUUGUCCUGUUGGUCUCUGUGUUGCCCUGAGACAGACUGUUGACUUGGCCACGGUGUACCCGGCCUCUCGCCCAUUAAGUGCUGGAGAUAGGAGAUAGACACCAGCACCCUGCAAGGGAUAGGCGUGUGAGAAAAUGGAUGGAUGGAUUUUA